UUUACCUGGCCUCAGCGGCUCCGUCAGCCCCUCCAAUGGUACAGCCCUGCCUGUGCCGCUUUCCUCCCGCUGCCUGGAACACAAACGCAGUCAAGCUGCAGCACACGCCACACACAGAGACAGGAGAACAGGCAGCCAAGAGACAGGCACACGUAGAGGAAGGAGGCAAACGCACACCGCCAUGGGCUGCUGUAACAGAAGGUGCGGGCUGAUCGCCGGAGCCGUGGUUGGGGCACUGGUGGCCGUCCUGGGAGGCAUCCUCUUCCCCGUGGGAGACAUCAUCAUUCAGGGGACUGUGGAGAAGGAAGCCGUCAUUGAGCCGGGGACGACGGCGUACGAGAACUGGGUGGCUGCAGGGGCAAAGGUGUAUCGGCAGUUCUGGCUCUUCGAGCUGACGAAUCCGCUGGAGGUUGUGGAAUACGGCGCCACACCAGUAGUGAUGGAAAAAGGACCAUAUACCUACAUGACAAGAUAUCUCGCAAGAGACAACAUCACGUUCCACCUCAAUCACACCGUCUCCUUCCUGCUGCCAAACGGUGCCAUCUUUGAGCCGUCCAUGUCAGUGGGAACAGAAGAAGACAAAAUCACCACGCUCAACGUGGCGGUGGCU